CGCCCUCGUGGAAGCAUGUUCUCGUCGUCCAGAUCCUCGCUGUUGUCGCCCUGGUCGUCCAUGGAGCAGGCUGACGGGGAUGUGCUGGACAUCAGCACCAAGGUGCAGCUGCACGGCGUGCUCUGGAAGAGGCCCUUCGGACGGCCCUCCGCCAAGUGGUCCCGCAGGUUCUUUAUCGUCAAAGACAGCUUCCUUCUCUACUAUGCAGAGGGGGAGAGAAGAAGCUUUGAGACCAACCGCUACUUCAACAUCCAUCCAAAGGGGGUGAUUCCUCUGGGCGGGUGUGUGGUGGAGGUGAGGGAGGACCUGGGAAUGCCCUUCUCCAUGGUCAUCAAUCAUGAAGACUUCUCGGGAAACAUCGUCCUGGCAGCUGAUUCUCAGUCAGAGCAGAGCCAGUGGGUGGAGAUCCUGCAGCAGUCGGGGAGAGUCACCUGGAAGAACGCCCAGCUGGGAGAGGCCAUGAUAGAGAGUCUGGAGGCCCAGGGCCUGCAGCUGGCCAAGGAGAAGCAAGAGUACCUGGAUAAGCUGAUGGAGGAGACGGAGGAGCUGACUCUACAACGCGAGCAGAAAGAGGAGCUGGAGAGGCUGAACCAAGUUCUGGAGGAGGAGAAGCAGAAGUUUGAGGAGGUGGUGAUGGAACUGAAGACAGAGCAGGAGCAGAUCAAACUGGACCUGGACGGCACAGCUCAGUCUCUGAAGGGGGUGGAGUCAGAGAAGGAGGAGCUGAACAGUUUGACGACCCUGCUGCAGAAGUCCAUCGAGGAGCUGUCCCAUGAGAAGAAGCGCACCCUGGAGCUGCUGGGGGUGGCGGAGGCCCCUCUUCACCCGGGGGCAGAGGGGCCUCGGGCGGAGCAGCCGCCCGCCAGAGGAGAGCCCUCAGGGGGCCCGGGGGAGUCGGGGGACCUGGUCCUGGAGCUGCAUCACAUCGAGGAGCAGAUGAGGGAGCUGCAGAGGGAGAAGGAUCUGGCCCAGGAGAAGCUGAAGGAGAAAGAGCAGCGGGCCAAGGUUCUUCAGGAGGAGACAGAGUUCUACUCCAGCCAGGCCCGGGCUCUGCAGCAGUCCCUGACUCAGCUCACCGUGGACAAGCAGCAGACAGAGGCAGAGCUCAAGGCAGAGAUGCAGUCCCGCGUGGAGCUGGAGCGCAGGCUGAAGCUGGCGGAGGAGGCCCUGCAGGACCUGGAGAGAGGCCUGAACUCUCUGGAGCGCAGCACGGAGAGGGACGAGAGGAUGAAGGGCGACGUCAACCACCUGAGAAAGUUCUUUGAGGAGUGCAUCUGCGCGGCGGAGAUUGAGGCAAAGCUUCCUUCCAUCAUGAAGAACGCCGUGUACCUCCACAAGGCGGCGGCCCGCCGCAUCAAGAGCUGCCGGAUACAGAGGAGGGCCUCCAGGAAGCACUGGUUGAAACAUUCCCAGUCCUUUGUGGUUGCCACGGGCGACGGUGCAAGCAUGGAGGACCUAAGGGAGACCGCCCGGCGAAUGACGGCCGACAGCUGCUUCAGGGACAAGGUGAUCAAGAUCAUCGCUAGGCAGGAUGCCCAGGCGGAGGACUGACAGCGGAGGGAGGCAGGGAGGGCCUGCUGAACAGCCAUGUUUUCCUGGAUGGUGUUCUUAAUUUAGUUGAGUCAUCCUGAGCUGUCCUCCCCACACUGUGAUCGUAUUGUAGCCGACCAAAGUCAUAUGAGAUGAGAAUGUAAGACU